AUGAACCACCCGGAAAAGACCCAUAGAGCCCAAUCCCCACCCGGCGCUUCUCCACCAUACAACUACACCUACGACAAUGACGACGCCUCAACAGAGAACCUUCUUAGACCUCAGCCCUCAGAACCAGGCCUAGCAUCCUCAUCAAUGCUGACAAGAGGUCUCCAAGUGCCCUCCCGAACAUCAGCAACAACCUCCGGCUUCCCUUACCCAGAAGAGCUGUCCAGCCACAAAAUCACAAAGGAAAAAUGGGCGGAAUUCACAACAAAAAUCUGCGAUGAGGCAAAGCUCUCCCGGGAUCAAUGGAAAGCUGUUAUCGGGAAAGGGCUGGGGACGCUCGCGCUUGGCGGCGUUAUGAUCGGGUUCCUGGGUGCCGUUCCGGCAAUCUUUGUUGCGAAAAAUGCUAGGAGGCGGCAGGAGCAGCGAAAUUUGAUCUCCUCCAUGGCGGGAGCGCGUGGGAAGGAGCUUGCCAGGCAUAUCGCGCAUUGGAAUAAUACAUUCUUUCAGCCGAGAGGUCUGCUUAUUCGCGUUGAUCUGCCUGAUGAGUAUCUUCAGGAUAUGGAGAAUAUGAAUCUGCAUCCUGAGGCGAUCAAGAAAGGUGAUGCAAAGGGACGGGAGAAGGCUGCUCUCAAAGCGAGAAUCGUUAUUAUUCCCACCGAAGCCGUCAGAGUAGAUUCCGACAGUUCUUUCAGAGGGAAGAUUAAUGGGAGGAGUGAAGGCUUUGAAAAUGAAGCUUAUUGA